AUGCAAUUCUUGUCUUCAUAUAAUAACGAUGUUGGAGAAAUUGAGCAAGCAGUGGCUAGUCUCCAGGAGAAAGACCAGAAAAUCAGAUCCCUUACUAUGACUAUUAUGGAAUUAAAGCGUUCUAACAAUGAAGAAAUUCAAGGCCUCAAGGCAGAGGCUGUGGAAGCUGCUACGCGUUGGGCAGAAUUAGAACAUCAGAAGGCCCGUUUUAAGGAGGGUCAAGAGGCAUUGAAGAAGCAAAUAGAACAAGAAAAAGUGAAGCAAACAAGCUUCAUACAACAACAGGAGAGGAAAUUUGAGAAGAAACUCGAGGAAGAAAGAGACAAACUUGUCAAAGCGAAUGCUUCGCAAUUUGAGCGGUUGAAGAGGGAAAAUACGAAGCUCAAUGAGAAGAUAGGUACUCUAACUGAGGAAAAGGUUCAGAUUGAGAAAACCCUCAAAUUAUACGUCCAAAAUUCCAACGCUUUAGAGUCGCAAGUGGACGAGCUGAAAUUGAGAUACCCUACCCAGAGUCUACCUAUCGAGCACUACGAAGAAAAACUUUCAAGGAUACGUCAAAAGAUUCAAGCCAUAGCACAGCAUUUCUUGUCGAAUUUACCACCAGAUAACGAAUUUAACAUUGAGGAGACACAGAAGGAGUUCCACCACAUGAAUAGCAUCCUUGGAACCAUUUCUCUAUCCGCAUCUGUGACAUCUAAGUUUCUUCGCGUUCGCGGUGCUCAAUGCACAAUCGUCCACGCAAUUCACAAACUUUUUUGGCAGCCGUUCUACAUCACUACUCAGCCUCUUUCACACGAGACGACGGCCAUAUUAUCGCAAAUUACUCACGCACUUGCUGGAGAGGACCGUCAUACGGAGAGCUUGUGGCGCUUCCUCAGUUUCAAAGGUCUCGAAACACGAACUUCACAGGAUAUCCACGUAGAAGAAACAGGAAUCAUGGGAUUUCUUCGACGGCUAAUCCCAGCCAAAGAGCAUAGGGCCUUUGAGGAUGAGCUGCGAGAAAUUCUUCAAGAGUCGAUCAGGUUCUGGAAUGAAUUGAAACGGGAUAGCUGCCUGGUGGAAUUUGACCUUCAGCCCCCCGCAGUCUGCAGCCCGGGUUGGGUAGCAGAAGACUGCCCAGAGCUUGAAGAUGUCAAUGUGAAAUCAAAGGAGGACUCUGCGCAUAAACCUACAAUACAGCAGUCUUGGUGUCUGUUUCCGAAAAUUAUAUUCCAUCCAGUCGAUGCCAAAAAAAUAAUCGUUUCAGGGUAUGCGGUUUUCGUGGACUCCCGGGCCUUUCGCGAAAACUGUGACGAAAUAAGGCGUCAUGAAGAGGAGAUUGCGCAAGUGAGAAUGAAUCUUGUGAGGAGACCAACACUACGGGCAGCAGCCGUGUCACCGUCAACUUAA